UUCUUAGUCUUCUAUUCUAGGUGCAAAGAUGGAAUUUGGAGAAUUUUAAGGCAGACAUGGCUGACUAAAUUUCUUCUGCUCUAGUCAAUAUUUGUUGUCAAUUAAAUACUUAUUCACGGUGAUGGGAAUUUCGAUUGAAAAAAAGGUGCGGUUGAAGAACAUUGGAAAUUUUACAUAAGUUUGAACCCGCAUUUAAAGUGAAUCUAUCGAUAUUUCUUGAAUUAAAUUUGGAAUGCGUGAUAUUUGGUGAAAGUAAUUAAUAGUGAUGAUGUGUGGUGGUAUCACACGUAGUGAGAAAUUAACAAUAUUAAAUAGUAGAAGGAGAUUAAGUAGAAACCAGAAUCACAACGAUUGUAGAGUCAACCUAUUACCAGGUGUAUGGCAAAGAUUGAUGCAAAAACAUCCACCUCAGAAAAGCCAAUUUUGUUCACGGGUAAUCUGGAGCCAUUCCAGUUCAAAAGUUCACACGCAAGACCUUCUCCUUAGUCCUCUCUCUCUAAAAAUUUGACAAACGCAUGCCAAGUUUUGUAAAAGUUAAGAUUCACCACCCUUGUAAUAAAAAAGCAGACGGCAUAAAUUAAUGCGGCAGAGCUCACAGCCCACUUGAUUGAUCCAAAAAGAAGCAUAUCAUCUUUGAACUUGGGAUUGUUGAGUUUGUUUAGGCAUAAAUUAUUGUUUGAUAUUUGGCUAUGUCUGUGGAGUCGAGCUAUGGUUCAGCAGAUCAUGGCGGGCAUAACAUCAAAGGGGUGGCCACUCAUGGCGGGAGAUACGUGCAGUACAAUGUCUACGGAAAUCUGUUUGAGCUUUCGAGGAAGUAUGUUCCUUUUAGGCCUGUCGGCCGUGGUGCUUAUGGCAUUGUCUGCGCUGCUAUAAACUCCGAGACACGUGAAGAGGUAGCCAUUAAGAAGAUUGGCAAUGCAUUUGAUAACAGGAUCGAUGCAAAGAGGACGUUGCGAGAAAUAAAACUUCUGCGCCACAUGAAUCAUGACAAUGUCAUUGCAAUCAAAGAUAUCAUACGGCCACCUCAGAAAGAGAGCUUCAACGAUGUCUACAUCGUGUAUGAACUUAUGGACACUGAUCUUCACCAUAUUAUCCAGUCCAACCAAACAUUGACUCUCGACCACUGUCGGUACUUUCUCUACCAAAUACUGCGAGGACUUAAAUACGUUCAUUCCGCAAAUGUCUUGCACCGUGAUCUCAAACCGAGUAAUUUGCUCCUCAAUGCUAACUGUGAUCUGAAAAUCGGAGAUUUUGGGCUUGCAAGGACGACAUCUGAGACUGAUUUCAUGACCGAGUAUGUUGUCACUCGCUGGUACCGAGCACCGGAGCUACUCCUAAACUGCUCAGAAUACACAGCUGCAAUCGAUAUCUGGUCUGUCGGCUGCAUAUUUGGCGAAACGAUGACGAGAAAACCUCUGUUUCCAGGGAAAGACUAUGUCCAUCAGUUGAGACUCAUCACAGAGCUUAUAGGCUCUCCGGACGACGCCAGCCUCGGUUUCCUCAGGAGCGACAACGCUCGAAGAUACGUUAGGCAGCUCCCGCAAUACGUGAAACAGCAAUUCUCCACCAGAUUCCCCAACAAUACAGCUAGCGCUCUGGAUUUACUAGAAAAAAUGCUCGUCUUCGACCCAAGCAAGCGUAUCACUGCCGAUGAGGCUCUCUGCCAUCCAUACUUGGCGCCUCUCCACGACAUCAACGAGGAGCCUGUCUGCCCCCACCCUUUUGUUUUUGACUUUGAGCUGCCAUCCUACACUGAAGAAAACAUCAAAGAGCUCAUCUGGAGGGAGUCUGUAAAAUUCAACCCUGACCCGACUCACUGAGGAAUGUAACUGUACGGUGUAGAACACCACGAUCUUUUAAACUCUGCAGAAACAUGUAUUGAAGUUGAACAACGAAAGUAAUCCCCAAAGAGGAGAUGAGUAAUAAUUGUAGUGGAUUCUUAUUUGUGUAUUUGACUAGUAUCUUUUCAGUUGAGUAUAUUGUUGUACAAAAGAGCUGAAAUUUAACCUUAAAUGUUUGCACCAUGGUAAAUUUUUUAGUGAUAAAACUUAAA